GUCGAAGGAGACGGUCCCCAUUAUUAUUUCCUUCUUGUGAUAUAUUUGGUGUUGCAAUUAGUUUAAAAAAUAUUGAUAGUUUCUCAUAACAACAAUAGAGACAAAGUUUACAUCACAAAUAUUGAUUUUGAGCAUAAUUAAUUACAACAUAAAAUGAAAAUAGUUUGUCUUCAAAGUUUUACUACAGCAUUGAAAAGAAAUAAUUUUACUUGUGUUCACCUGUGACGCGUGUAAACUUGAAUUUAUUUUUGGAGAACAAAAUAUAAAAAAUACAAAAAAGUGUAACAAAACGUUGCUCAAACCUGAGUUUUCUGAAACUAACAUUUUUGAAACAUAUUUUUAACUUUAAUAUAUCAAAUCUCAUGUCAAAGGAUUAAUGCUGUGUCUGCCCAGUUAAAAAAAUAAAAGAAAAAAAACUAUCAAAAAUGGCUUGUGGAUUACAAACAAAUUCCAUCACAAAACUUAUUUUGUGGAUUUUCCUAAUAGAUUUAACAUAUAGCGCUGAUCCUCAUCUGGAAAUAUUGCCAACACAGAGUGUACAACGGAAGCCUAUUGGAAAACCUUUGAUUCUAACAUGUCAACCCAAUGUGGAGCAGAAAGAUUUAAUAACCGAUUUGAGAUGGCGUGACAGCAAUAACAACACCAUUUUACCAAAACCAUCUGGAACACAGCCAGUCAUUUACACUGAAGCAUUAAGUAGAGAACAAUUAAUGCUUGUUAUUUCAUCUCUAACUGAUACAAUGGCGGGGUAUUAUUACUGCUCCGCAUCUUACGCAAACUCAGAGAUGCUUGAGAAUAAAGUCAAAGUUGAAACAUAUGUUGCUAUCACAUGGAAAGACGCUCCAGAAUAUCAAAGCCCUGUUGCGGGAAGCAAUUAUGUUGUACGAUGUGUCGUUACCGCUAAUCCACCACCAACAGUUGAUUGGCUUCGCAAUGGCGACCAGAUCAAGUUGUCUGACCGUUUCGUCGUCAAACACGACGGUUUAUUGAUUACCAAUGUACAAGAGUCAGACGACGGCAUUUAUACAUGUCGUGCUGCUGUUAUUCAAACAGGCGAACUCAUGGAGAGAAAUAUUCGAUUAGAUGUUCAAAUAAAACCGGAAAUCACAAGUCUUGGUGAAGAAUAUGAAGCCAUAGAAGGGCAGGAAUUUUCGGUUAUUUGUUCAGGUCGUGGAAAGCCUGCGCCUGAAUUCAAAUGGAUUAAUCAAGAUCAAAAAGAUAUGUCGCUUGCUGAUCGAUUCUCUGUGGUUGGUCAUAACGGUCAAAUGAGUGCUACAAGAAUUGAAGAGAAUGAUCGUGGUGUCUAUACAUGUGUCGCCAGAAACAGUGCCGGAAUAACAGAAAGAAAAAUGAGAUUGAAUGUCGUUGUCAAACCUAAAAUAUAUGAAAUGAAAAACAUCACAAUUCCAGUUAGUGGCGAAGCUGUUUUUACAUGUAAAGCAAAGGGACGACCCGCACCGUUGAUAACUUUCCGUCGAUGGAAACGAACCGAAGAAUUUCGUGUUGGUCAACAAGAAAAUGAUGAUAGAAUCAUUUUGGAACAAGAAAUUGAUGAAGAGUUUGGCGAGUCAAGUGGAACAUUGCUCAUAUCAAAAGUUUUAAGACCAGACGACGGCCUUUAUCAAUGUGUGGCAAGAAACAAAGGUGAUACUGCAUUUGAAGUUGGCCAUAUUGCAGUUGAAUAUCCACCAAACUUUGAUCAUAUGAAAGAAUUGCCGCCAACUUAUAGCUGGGAAGAACGACCAGCGAAUCUUAGUUGCAUGGCAAUGGCUUUCCCAAAUGCAACAAUCGAGUGGCGAUGGAAUGAAAGAUUAGUUCGUGAAAUGCAAGAUAAAUUCUUGCAGAUUGUCGAAGAAGGACCUCGAAGUGAUUUGAUUGUAACGCCAGUUGAUCGUCGUUAUUAUUCAGCAUAUAAAUGCAUUGCUGUCAAUAGACUUGGCCGUGAAGAACAUAUGAUGGAGUUACGCGAAGCUCAACUUCCAACACCGAUUGCACAAGCCAAAGCACGAACUGUCACAGCAACAACAAUUAUCUUUGAUAUCAUCGGACCACCAACUGAAUUAGGAAUGCCGAUUAAAGCUUACACCGUACAGUAUAAAGAAGAACGAAAUCUUGAUUGGAGUAGUGCCAUUAACCGAACAUGGACACCUGACACCCCCUACGUUGUCGAAGGAUUAAGACCACAAACCUUAUACACAUUGAGAUUUGCUGCGCGAAAUGAUGUUGGUUUAGGUCAAUGGUCACCGACAGUUAUCCAAGGAACGCCUUCAAGAUCCGUCCCAGUAGCCCCGAGAAUCUUAAAUCAGUUUACUCAAGAAGAACAAGCUGAUGGGGAACUUCCAAUUAUUGCGUCAACAUAUUCAGAUAAAUUCGAACUUAUUUGGAACCGUCCAGCUGACAAUGGUGAUCCCAUUGAUUUCUUUACAAUCCGAUAUUGCCCAGGUGGAAAGGUCAACAACAUUUGGAAUGAAAUUGAAAACAUGUGCUUGGAGAAAGAUUACAUCCCUCAUGAUAGAUCCAACCAACUUCUCGACAAGUUAAGUCCCGAUACAUAUUAUCGUGUAGAAAUUAAGGCUCAUAAUGGCAUAGGAUAUUCGCCUAAUACCAGUGUGUAUUUGAAAACUGCGCGAGGAGCAGAUGUCAUUGAAGUAGCCGAAAACCGAAUAAAUAUUUCAUCCCUAACAAUCGUCGGAAUUUCAGUAGCCGGCAUUCUUCUUUUUUUGAUAAUAAUUGAUUUGUUAUGCUGUGUUACAUUGAAUCUUGGGAUAUUUUCAAUGCUUUGUCGUAAACCGAAACGAUCUCCAUCAGAUUUGGAUGAAGAGAAGUUUGGAAGAGACGAAGCGGAAAGGCAACCACUGAGCUCAAACGGCCACAAAAAAAGCUCAAUAGUCGAAGGUGAUGGGAAAGUUAGUCUUGGAGAAAUCAUCGGAAAAAGUUCAUUAGUGUAAAUCAUCUUAAAUUAAAUAUUUCACAGUCAAAUUAUUUAAAAAAAUUAAAAAGUUUAGAUUUAAAAGAUUCUUUUCAGUUUUAUUUGACAUCGAAAAUUAAGAUGAGAAUUAUUUAAUUGAUUCCUUUUAAAUUGAUAAUUAUUUUUGACAAUAUACUUUAAUAUAAAUCUGCUUACCUCGGAGUGCCGCAAGAAUGCUAUGUUAAUAAAUGUGCCAUGUCUGAAGCAGUUGUAAAGUUUGCUUUUGUGCCGCGAUAAACGUAUUAAGAAUGUUACUUUGGGCAUUUUGCUUUAAAUGUUAAAAGGUUUUUGAUUGAGGCAUUAAUACUUGCAUCAAACACUAUUACUUGCUAGCUAGGGAAUAAGUAAGAGGUAAUAACAUAAUUUAGGGAUAAUAAGACGAAGAAGUGGAAAAAUUAGUAUUAUAUUGAUUGCAAAGAGACUGAUUAUCAUUUUAGUUUCCAAUGAGAAAAAGCCAAAAUUUGUCCAAAUAAGAAAAUAAACUGAGAAUUACCUACAUAUAGUUAACUUAAACAAGACAUUAUAAGAAGAUUUGCACAAACUAUUAAAGUUUAAAAACCAUUUAUGUCAUUUCUGACAUUUCAUUGAAGCUCUUUCAAGUCUCUUUACUUUUCUCUUUAGCAUUUUAAAAUAUAAACUUUAAGAUAUCAUCCAGAAAUUGCUUUCUCGCUUCAGUACUUAAAAUGAAACAUAAAGUGAAAAAGAUAUAAUUUGUAUGCCUAAAUACCAUAUUAGAGUGGUGCAAGUACAAGCAAAAUGCAGAAAAAUAAAAUAUUUUGUGACUUUUAUUCGUAUUGAGAUGUAAAAUAAAUUUCUAGCUUUUAUAUCAACCGAUACGUGCAAAGCUUCAUCGAAUAAAUUAUAAAUAAAAAAGCUUAAAA